UGUUAAGUCCAAAAAUGUUAGUCAUAUGCUAUUAAAAUCUAAUCUAUUUGGAAGUUUGUAAUUUACACUAAUAUAAAUAUAAUACCUAUGUAAUUUACAUCACUAUAGGUAGCCGAAAAUAGUGUUUGUAAUUUGUAUCAAAAGAGUAGGUAUAUUUUAAUUAUAAAUAUUCAAUGUUAAUUUUGACGUUCUAUGCUGCAAAACAUACGGUUGAAGAUGGUGAUGAUGUGAUCGUUAUUGACAAUAUUUUGACGAGGACAUGGAUGAGGAUAAGGCGAUUUAUUCAGAAUAUAAUAUCAAUAAUCGUGUUGUUAAUAUUGAUUAUCUGAUAAAUAACCAAACGCACAAGAAGGACGAACAUAACAAAUCUAAGACAAUAUUGACGCCAUGGUAUUGCGACAUGAAUACAUGAUUCCUGCUGGAUAUUAUUAUACGAAUGACGAACAGUUCAUAGCCCAUAUAAAAGCAAUCUGGUCUGACAAUAUAAUUGAUCUUACAGGAGAUGAUGAUAUAUCAAUCGCGACAAGCUCAGUCAACACAUGGAAUGCAUUCGGUUUAAUUAACAACCAGCAGUCUGUAUCCAUUGUCAUCGAUGAUGAUGAUGAUGACACGACAUCUUCAACCAGCUAUGCAACAGAAAUAAACACACUUGAAAAAUCAUCUUCUGAUGAAUCUAUUGAUAUCAUCAAUUCAGAUGAUGAUUCCAGCUGCACAGAUGAUGACUGACAUCUUGAUAACUAGGCACCUAAUCGGAUCUGGUAUUGUAUUUUUUUUUUAAUCUAUUAAGUUGAUUAAUAAUUAUUCCUAUGCAUCCUCAAUAGGUACAGUAUAGGUACAUACAGUACACGCUCUUAAAAUAAUAUAUAAUUUAAUUAAUAAUAAUUGUAUUAAUGGUAUAAGUACCAUUAAUAUUGUUUUUGCAAUAUUAUUCAACCAACAAUUUAAAGUAAUGUUUGAAUACCUAUGUACUAUUUUUGAUCAAGUUUAUUUAUGAAUUGCAUAGCAAACUUCUUCAAAGUUUUUAAAUUCCCAUGAAUUUAACUUUUUUAAUUUUAAAUUAAAAUUGUUUAAUUCAUAUUUAUAUCAUAAUCUUUUUAGCUACCUUCUCAAUAUUGACAUUUAAUGCCCAAAUAAUUGUAGCACCUCUUAAGAUUUUUAAUACCUGUAUGAAGUAUUCUCUUUAAACUGAUAGCUUAAUUUUGCACCUGGUUAAAGUUAUGUAUGUAAAUAUUUCAAAAACUGUAAAAAAAAAAAAAAAAAAAUCAGAUUGUAAAAAAUUAUUAAAUUCUGAGUGAAGCGAUAAUAGUUAUAUUAAUUUUACAAUGAUAUUGUUUUUUUCUGCCUGUCAUCAGUGAUAACUUAUUAUCUUUUGGUCUUUGGGACAGUAAAAAUGCUUCAAUUUAAACUUUAGGAGUAUUUUUUAUAUCAGAAGUAUAAAAUUCUCAGUGUUAUUCUUUAUUAUAAGGAUAAAAUAUAUAAUACAAUUUAAGAAAAACCAGAGAGUUUUAGUCAAAACCAGUUUUUGGCAAAGUUGAUUUUCUUAUUUUCUUAUAAUUUAAAAAUAAAUAACCAAAGAAACUUGGAAUAUUCAUCAAAUAUUUAUACUUUCAUUUUAUAUCUAUGAUAUAAUUUUCAACAUAUUUUAACUAUUUUAUAGAUAGGUACCUAAUUUAUAUUUUUUCUUUUUUUUAAUUGUCAAUAAAAAUUAUACUACCUACAUAUAAAACAUCCUAGAUUAAUAGAUCGUCUUCAAUCAAAAUGUUUUAUUGUAUACAAUGAUGUAUCAUUGAAAUCUAUAGACCUUAUACUCUAUGUUAUGGUCUAUGUUGAAAUCAAAAUUCAAUGCAUUCC